GAGCAAAUGAUAAGGCUAAUUAACUCGUAACCUAGCUAGCUCUUCCCUUUUGAGUAUAUCCCUCUCCAAUCCAACUGAUAUCCCAUAAUGGAGAUGUCUUACCUUCUCGGUUACUUGAAUGGGUUGGAACGGAACCGUGUUGAACCGAACCGUGUUUUUAUAUUGCGGCCUCCUCCUCGUUGGGAUUGGUAUAGUAAUCCCAAUCCCAACUAUAAUCAUAAUCCCAAUCCCAGCUAUAAUUAUAAUCCCAAUCCCAAUCCCAAUCCCAGCUAUAAUUAUAAUCACAAUCCCAAUAAUUAUUAUAAUCCCAAUCCCAAUCCCAAUUAUAAUCCUAAUCCCAAUCACAAAUGUCCUAAGCCCAAGCUCAAAUCGAAUCGUAAGCCCAAGAGAUGCAGCUCAACAAGCAACAAGGGUAGCAAAAAUCCUGCUGGUGCUGGGAAGAAAGUUGUCGUUAUCCGCGGAAGAUCACUAGAGAAUGAAACUAGGGGAGGCGGAACUCAAGGACGAGCACUAGUGAAUGAAUUCACUUGGGAGGAGAAGCAGAGAACUCAAGGACGAGCACUAGUGACUUCGGAGGAGAAGCAGGGAUUGAACAACUACGGGAAUAAGCACCACGAGGACAAUGAUGAGGACGACGACGAGGACGAGGACGAGGACGAGGACGAGGACGAGGACGAGGACGAGGGCGAGGAAGAGGACGAGGACGAGGGCGAGGAAGAGGGCGAGGACGAGGACGAGGACGAGGACGAGGAUGAUGAGGACGAGGACGAUGAGGACGAGGACAACGAAAUCAAGGGGAACCAGGGCAAGGUGAAAGGAUUUAAUACACUUGGCAACCGGUACUACUGAGCAGGAAGAAGAGUGCCUGCCUGUGAACCAAACCAAUGACAAUCUCUCGCUGCAUGCCUGCAUGCAGUUGAAUAUGUAUGUACUAAAAUAUCUACACUAAAAUAAGAGUUGAUGCUGCAUCUGACGCUCAACUAGGGUUCAUAGAUAGGCCCUUAUAAUUCUUAUAUUCUAGACAUAAAUUCAUCUAUUUUUUGGAA